AUGAAGGCUCAUUCUAUAACAUGCUCCUUGAUCCUAUUACUGUUUCUGGUCAAUACGAUCGACGCACAGUCAUCCGACGCUGCACAGCAACAGCCAGGUGGUUCAUCUGAUGCUGCCAACGUACCUGCACCCACAGCCUCAGCUGAACCAUCACAAGGCAAUUCACCUACGCCUGCACCUACCACUACAGACCAACAACAGCAACAGCCUACCAAUACACAAGACCAAAACCAAAAUCAAAACCAAAAUCAAGACCAACAGCAGAAUCAACAAAGCCAAGACCAAAAUCAAAACCAGCAACACACUACUCAAGGGUCUAAUAACACGGGAGCAGGUGAUUCAGCAGUAGCAACACCCACUCCAGGAGACAAUAAUCAUUCGAGCGGGGAUGGUGCUACAACUCCCGAAUCAUCGUCGGACUCAUCCCAAGAGGAUAACAAUAACAACAACAACAACCAGCAACAACAAGAUCAAAAUCAAGAUGGGCAGCAGGAUCGAAACCAAAACCAACAACAACAACAACAUCAACAAGGUGAUAACAAUCAGUUAUCGACGGCCACGAUUGCCGGUGCUGCAGUGGGAGGCAUAGCGGGUGUGGCGUGUAUUAUUGGUCUCUUAGUAUGGUGGUUGUGCUGUUGCCGAAGACGUCGUCAAGAUGACAAGCGAAGACGUUUGACAAGAGAAUUUGCAGCUACCGAAGAAGAUUUUGCCAUCCAUGAUAAUAGCGCUGCUGGUAUGCGACAGCCCAUGUUGCCUUCUUUCCAACAACAAGCACGGCGGUUUGUGUCACCACCACCUACGGGGUAUAUGACCUUGCACGACCAAUCCGUCAAUGAUUAUCCUGUUAAUGAUUACCCGUACGACAACACCAGCAAACAAUUACCACCCGCUCCUCUUGUCACCACCACUCAUAAGCCUGAUAUCCCAACCUAUGCAUCCAAACCCGAUACCAUUGAUCAUCAACCCCAUAAACCAGAUGAAGCAUAG